AAAAAACAUAUUGGGCUUCAAAACUAGCCCAAACGAGUAGAUCAAACAUAAAAAUUAAAACUCAGCCCAGAAUGAGAUAGCAUAAAAAAAAGGCCAAAAAAGGAAGAUAAGAUUAUGCCAGCCCAAUAUCACAUCGUAGCCCAAUACAAACACAGCCAUAUCAGCUUGGAAUCCAAGAAAACUAUUAAAAAAAGAAAAAAACAGAUCACGCGCAACAGCUUAGCUAGUAGAUCGAUCGGAGACGGCAUAAGAGAAAAAAAGAACACGCAAGAGAAAGACCAGAUUGAACAGAAAGGCGACCAAGCCAUGGACGAAGAGGAGGAAAAGAAAAAGAAGAACAAGCAGAUGGAUCAAGAAGAUGGAACCAAGAAGAUGAAACUAACAAAAGAAACCAAACUCCCAGGAACAAUUUCAGCUGCAGAAACAACCAAGGACAUCAAGUUGCAGACCAAGAAAAAAGAACCAAUACAGAUAAAAGUUCCAGGAUCUCGUUACCUGCAGGAUUUUGAAAAAGGCAAAAAGUCAGAGACAAUUGAAUCAGAGAUUGGCGAAAAUAAAGCACAAUUACUUUAUGAUCAAUACAUAUUUCUUAAUGAAAAUGAAAGACUAGUAAGUACAAUCAUGCUUUACAAAAAUGAAGAAUACAUUUAUUUCUUUGACGAAUAAAUGUAAUUAAAUAAAACAUGUUCAGGGAGGACAAAAUAAAUCAAAGAACUAUUGUAUGGCC